AGAGAAAGAGAGAUUUCCGUGGGAUCUCUGCUUGACCCCCACCCACAACCUCCAGGAUGUUUAAGAAAAAGGACAGCACGGCCAAGGUCUCGGGCAAGAUCAACAAGACCCAGGCCAGCGGCUUGGUCUUGUUGAUCGCCCAGAUGCAAAAGAAUGCCGACCAGGUGGAGAAAGACAUCCUCCGGUCGGAAGAGCUGCUCGCUGUGGACGCUGAAAAUGACAAGAAAGAGCUGCCCUUUGAGCAUCAGACCGAGAUCUCAGACAAGCUGGGUGAGGCUGAGGGCCUGCUGAAGGACCUCUUCCUCGAUGUGGACAAAGCCAAGAAGCUCAAACACCCGCAAGCCAAAGAUAUAGAGAGCGAUGUUAUCCACCUCCAUGAGCGCUGGCUGAAGGACUGCGCCUUCUACCGAGACAUCUACGAGCAGAUCGAUGAUGUGUCGCUGAUGCCCAGAAUCGACUGGGGACCUGUUUUCAACCAGAAACAAAAACAGGUGAAUGUGGAGGAGUACGGCCCCACCAUGGCAGAUCUGGAGAAGCAGAUUGCUGCUCACAACAUCCUACACAAAGAGGUCGAGGCCUACAACUCGCAGCUCUGCGUCAGCUCUGCUGGCAGCAAGGAGAACUAUACAGCCCUGAAGAAACAAUACAACAAUCUACUGGACAACUCCAAGUGGCGUCGCCACUACCUGAACAGCUUGUACGAAUACAUGCAGGGCUGCAACAAGGAACUGGCUUUCCUGGGAGAAGAGCAGGACAAGAUCAAGAAGCAGGACUGGAGUGACCGCAUGGUGGACCCACCUGACAUCCGCAGGCAGUACGAGAACUUCAAGAACAACAGUCUGCUGUCCCACGAGAGUGAGGUGAAUAAAAUCCAAGAUGAAGGAGACAGACUCACUGAACUGAAGCACCCUGCCAGUGCCACAAUACAGGCUCAGAAAGAUGCUGUACGAAAUGAGUGGCAGAAAUUCCUCAACCUCUGCAUUUGUCAAGAGUCGCACCUGGACAAUGUGGAGGAAUUCAAAAAGUAUCAAAUGGACACUGACCAACUGUCAGACACACUGACCAGACUCAACAACAGCCUGGACCCCAAGGCCAUCAGCAAGAAGAGCAACUCGGAGACACUGCUGCAGCUCGAGGGGGAGGAGAAGGCUGUGCAGAACAGUGAGCAGCUGCUGGCCGACCUGAGGAGACGCAGCACCACCAUCGCUCCUCUGAAGCUACGACGCAACGCCCCCAACAGACCCAUCACAGUGGAGUCCCUGUGUGACUGGGACACAGAUAAGGCUACUCUGGCAAGAGGGGAGAAGUUCACCCUGACAUCAAACUCAGACGAGAACUGGGAUGUCAUCUCCACUGAUGGUGUAACACAAAGCUUCCCAGGAGUUUGCUUCCAGAUCCCACCACCUGACUCAGAAGCCAUUGACAAAGUGGACCUUUUGGGUGGAGAACUGGCAGACAUCAAGAAGAGAAGAGCUGCUCUGGCGGCGUCCCUGAAGAAUCACAAAUCAGACAACUCCAGGUCCCUACAAUCAGCCCCGGUGUCUUCUGCCCCACUGGACCCCAAAGUAAAAGCCCUGGGCCAGCAGCUGGACAAGCUGGACAGUGACCUGGCCAGCGCUGAGGAGAGCAUGCUGAGCCGCCUGCGAGCCCCACUCAGCCGCACAGACCCAGCUGGAGACCUGGCCAAAAGGCUGAGGGAUCAGGAGCAAGCUGCCAAGGCGCUGAAGGCUCUGGAGCAGCAGAAGCUGGCAGCGCAGGCCGACCUGCAGCCUCUGCUGUCCACAGAUCCCAGCGGCACCUCCUCUGCACUCCCACUCAAACUGAGUGCUGCCAACAACAAGCACGAUAGCAUUGCUGAACUUGCAGACCUCUACACCAAGAAAGCAAAUGCAUCACUCAACCUGGAAAGUCAGAUCAAGAAGGUGGACGGUCUUGUCUCCGGGUUUGAGAAGAAGCUAAGUGAAGAUGGUCCAAUCCCUGAUUCGCCAAAUGCUAUUCAAACCCGCGUUAAUGACAUCCAGUACCAGCGUAAGUCUGUGGCAGCAGCUCAGGAUGACAUGAAGAAGCUGAGCCAGGAUCUGGAGACCACUGAGCAGCUGUGCAGCUCUCUGCAGCAGGGCUACCAAGAGUACUGCCCCGACAUCCAGCGCCAGAGAACUGAAGUCAAGCAGCUACAGACCCGUUAUGCAAACGUUGCCAACCAGCUGAAGGAGAGAGAAAACAUCUUACAAGAAGCCACAACCAAGAACCAGGAGCUCCAGAGCACAUGCAAAUCCCUUGACUCUUUCCUGAACAACCUGCCGACAAACCAGAUAAACUACAACGAUGAUCUGUCUCAGGUCACUGAGAAGCAGAGCUCCCAAGAGAGGGUGAUGGAUGACCUGAAGAGGAAGGGAGAUGACAUGGACAGAGUGUCUGACCUGUCUCAAGACCUGCAGAAUCUUCUCAGUGAGUAUGAUGCCAACGUGGAUAAGUACAACAGUACACUUGAGGAUGCUGGUGUCACUGUUGCAAAAAAACCUCAAAUACUCACACUUUCUGAUGCUGUUCAGAAAGAGGAAAAGGAUCUAGUGAACCGUUAUGCUAAAGCAACAGCAGAAAACACCCAACGCCAAAAACAGAUGGGCUUGGCAAAGAAUCUCAUUUUACAAAAUGAGGAGAAAGUUCACCUGGUGGCACAGCAACAAGUGCAGCUUGAAAACCAGCAAAAGAGUGCUCUUGAGCUAGACAGUGUUUUAAAAGAGCUGCAGGAAGAGAAGGAGAGGACAACUCAUACUGAGGCAGACCUGAGAACCUUUAAAGAUAGGAUGUUGUCACUGAAAAGUCGCAGAGGAGUGGAGCGCAUUGAAGAGAAAGAAGUACUACAGUACUACCGCGACCCAAAGCUGGAGAGUGAUUUGGCUGAUCUGCAGAAUAAACUGCAUGAAGAGGUCCUGAGGCAUAGCACCACUCAGAGUGAGGUCGAGCUGUUUAACAAGAAAAUCACCAUCGUGGAAGACAACCUCAAAAACACUCCAGCCAAACUGGUGACCAGAGAGGUAACAGAGUUUGAGAAAGAUCCUCAGCUGGACGUAGAGGCCAGUAAGCUGAGAGAUGAAAUAGCAAGGAUGAGAGAUGAAGUUCGAGUGCGAGACGGGGAGCAUAUCCAGAUGAAGACAGAAGUCACAAUUCUCCAGCAGAAGCGACCACCAAUCAAAGAGAGGGUGGUUAAGAAGGAGGUGUUGAAAGUAGAAAAGGACCCAGAGAUGGUGAGAGCAGUCCGAACAUUUGAGACGGAAAUUUCUGAUGAGAACAACAAGAGCAAGCUCCUCAAUGAUGAAAUCUUCCAGACCAGAAGUCAGAUUAAUGCCCUUGAGAGGCUGAUUCCUAAUAUCCAGCCUAAGAUCAUCACAAAGGAAGUGAAAAAGAUUGAACAAGACCCUGACCUCAUCACUGAAUCUAAGAAGAUUAGAACAAACCUGGAGGAUGAGAGGAUUGAAAACAACUCUUUGUCCAAAGAGUUGAUGGAGCUCAACAGCCGCUACAGAGAAGUUCAAAGCUGGAAACCAAAAGUCGAAGUGAAGGAAAUUGUUAAUGAGAUCUACCGGAUAGACCCAAACACAGAGGUGGAGAUAAUGCGGCUCAGGAAAGACAUACAAGACUCCAACAAGCACCGCUCUGAUAUAGAGAGGGAACUCACCCAGGUCACGUCUGAACUGAAUAUCCUUCGUUCUCAGAAGCCCAAGGUGGAGCUUAAGGAAGUUCUCCAAGAGGUGGUUAAGGAGGAGAGGAGCCCUGAAAAUGAGAAAGAGAUCCAGAGGCUAAAUGAUCAGGUGAACCAUUUACACACCACUUACAACUCCCUCCAGGAUCAGGUGAGUCUGCUCAGGAGAGAGAGAGACGAAUGGAAGGCUGAAAAGUCCAAGAUAGAAACCAAACUCGUCACCAGAGAAGUCAUCAAGUAUGAACCUGAUCCACUGUUGGAGAAAGAAGCUGAUCGCUUGAGAAGAGACGUGCGGGAGGAGGCACAGCUACGACGCACCAUUGAAGAGAUGGUGUUUGACCUGCAAAACAAAUAUAUCCUGUUGGAGAGACAGAAACCUGAGGAGAAAGUGGUUGUGCAGGAGGUUUUGCGUUUACAGAAGGACCCAAGGCAGGCAGUCGAGCAUGAGCGGCUCAGCAGGAGCCUGGAUGAAGAAGUAAAGACUCGGCGUCAGCUAGACCUUGAGCUGCAGCAGCUAAGAACAAAGGUGGAAGACAAAGAGAGGAUCCUGAGAGAGAGUGAUGAGCACCAAAAGAGGAUUCAAGUCGAGUCUGAACUCAGAGAGAUCCGACUGCGCAUUACACAACUGGAAAACGCUCCACCUGCUGUUGAGGAAAGUAUUGUUGUUGAGGAGGUGCUGAAGGUUGAGAGGGACCCAAAACUCGAGAGGAUGACAAAUGGUCUUCGGUCAGAUAUGGACAAAGAAACCAGUGAUGUCCUGCGUUUCCAGAGAGACAUUCGUAACAUCACUCUAAAGCUUGAGAUCUUGCAAAAAGAGAAGUCUGGUGAGAGGACAGUGUACAAAGAGGUUGUCCGUGUUGAGAAAGACCAGGCUGUUGAAAGUGAGAGGGAUCGCCUGAGGGAACAGGUGACUCAGCAUAAAUUUGACAGACAAGACCUCGAGGAUGCAAUCAAACGUAUCAAUGAUAAGAUCAACCUUCUGACGAGCAGCAAAUCUAGCACUUCCAGAGAGGAGUCUACCCUGAUUUUGAACAGGGAUGGCCUACAGAGAGAGAAGGACGACCUCACUCGGGAGCUCAGGACACUGGAUGCCAAGAGACAUGACAUCAGCCUUUCUUUCCAGCAGCAGAGCCGACUAAUGAGUGAGAGAACGCAGAUGAGCAGGCAGAAGAGCCUUAAGAUGGAGUCUGAUGUACAGCGUCUGGAGAGGGAGAUCCUCAACGAAAAAGACACGAUCCAUCUUCGAGACAGCACCAUUCGAGAGCUUCGGCUGAACCUGCACAAAGAGGAGCAGACAGAAACAAGGACCAAAGAGACCAAUGUCUCCACCAAAAUCACCAUUUUGGAUCCAGAUACAGGCAAAGACAUGUCUCCUUAUGAUGCCUACCUGCAGGGCCUGAUUGAUCGUCAACAGUACAUUCAUCUGCAGGAGCUGGAGUGUGACUGGGAGGAGAUUACUUCCCUGGGACCUGAUGGGGAGACAUCUGUACUGCAGGAUCGCAAGAGUGGCAAGCAGUACUCCAUCAAAGAAGCCGUGAAGGAAGGUAGGCUGACAGAGUAUGAUCUACAACAGUACAAACAAGGCAAGCUUCCCAUCUCAGAGUUUGCCUUGCUGGUCGCAGGUGACAACAAAAAGCAACUCCCCUUUAACUCAGUCAUCCCAAAGUCCACUACAACAGUGAAAUCAGCCACCUCAGACCUCCCCAUUGCUAAUGCAAUCCACCCAAUUGCUGGAGUAAUGGAUACAAACACUGACACCUGCUAUACAAUACGCAGCGCCACCCUGCGUAAACUGAUUGACCCCACCACCGCUCAAAGGCUUCUGGAAGCUCAGGCAGCAACAGGCGGCAUCAUAGAUAUCAGCAACAAAGAGAGAUACACAGUUCACAAGGCAGCAACAAGAAACCUCAUUGAGGACAGUCAACUCCAGAGGCUACUCAAUGCCCAGAAGGCUUUUUCUGGUGUUGAAGACCCCAUGACCAGAGAGUGUUUGUCUGUGGGAGAGGCUGUUCAGAAAGGCUGGAUGCCGAAGGACAGUGCCAUUCGCUACAUGGAGGCACAGCACCAGACUGGAGGGCUGAUCAAUCCCAACACUGGCCGCAGAGUAAGCAUCUUGGAUGCCAUUGGGUCCAAAAUGAUCGACAGCACAAUGAUGAGGGAGCUGCAGGCUGAGUCAACCUACAUCAAGGAUAUUGUAGACCCAAUCACAAAGGAGAAGAUCAGCUACAAACAAGCUCUGGAUCGCUGUAAGCAAGACCCAGUGUCAGGCUUACCAAUGCUGCCUGCCUCCUCCAAAGCUUCUGCUUACACUCCAGCGUACAACUCUACUAGAUAUGCAAGAUUCUAGAUAUGUUUACAACAUACUCUGAGUUAUCUAGUCACUGAUGUGAUUUGGUAAAAAUGUACUUUUAGACAUAGGAAAUCCAUAUUGUUAAUUACAAUGUACAUUUCAACUCAGGAAAAGUCUUCUUCUGCAAAGCUUUCUAUUUAGCCAAAAUGAUUGCUGCUGAGUUGCCUUUGUUUACCAAACAUGUCUGAUGUGGGCAGAUAUUUUUAUGUUUUUUUUUUUUUGAUUUAAUUUAAAAACAGAAUAUAAAUGCAGUUUAUCUAUGAUAUUAUUGUGUUAUAGGGAUACUGGGACAAGGUGCAAUGCUAUUUACCGAGAUUGAUUUGAUUCUGUAUUAUUCAUGGGCUAUCCUUGACACUGUUCACUUUAAACUCAAUCUUGUUUGAUACUUUAUUAAGAAACAAAUAUCAAUAAAUUUAAAUUAUAAUGGUUAAAAAGCAUGGACUCCACGUUCAAUGUUGUGUAGUCUUUUAAAUAAAUAACAUAAGCAGGUAGACAAUUUUUUAUCCUUUCAUAUUUUAGAUCACACAAGUGCGAUAGCAGGAAGAGUGUGUAUUUCUCCAUUGCUAUCAAAUGACAAAUAAUGGGCACCACUCCACCCAGUGUACAUGA